AUGGCUGAGAUCAAGAUUACAAAAGUAGAGCAAGGGCAAACCAAGAUCAGGAAUGUUCCAGUAGCUGUAACUCCUGAAGGCUUCUGGUGUUGUCCUUCUCCUGUAGCUUUCCAAAAGACUCUCAAGUCUCAUCACAACUCUCUCAACAAACACAAACAAUCUUCUCCUCCUCCUCCCCAACUUCCAAAACCUAGACAGACUCCGACAACGGAGAAGGAGAAGAAACCGUCGUCGACAACGAUUAGAUCCGUCAUCGCCUCCGACGAGCUUCAACAUCAGAAUUCGGCUAAUAAUUCAGAGACCCAUCACAGCAUCUCUGUUCCGGCGACGGUUCAAGAGAGGCCACAGAGGCAAAAGGUUGAGACUUUACCGAGAAAAGUAGCGAUUGAGUUCGGCGAACCAGGAACUAGCGACGCCAAAGUGAUUCUUGUAGGGAAGCAAGGCUUUUGCGUGAAGCUGAAACGUAAGCAGAGUCCUUCGUGUCCUCAAGAGGUUCUUGGUUUCAGUUCAUGUAUUCAAUCUUAUUUGGAUUACUUAGAAGCUGUGCCAUGGGUUGGAGAAGAAGAAGAAGAGAAAGUGAUCUCAUCGAUUCUCAGAUUGAAAACCGAAGGAGUUGUUGAAGCAAAGAGGAGAAGAGUCGCGAGAGAUGAAAACUAUCGUCCUGAAGCUUCUCAGGGAACAGAAUGGAGCCAAUGUAUAGCUGAUAACUUCAACGAAACAUCUACACCUCUUGCCAAAACUGUUUCAACUCUGUUUUCUCUGUUUCGACAAGCAGAGACCGAUACCAAACAGAUUGCUGUGGAAGCUGAUAACUUGACGUCGCUGCUCGAUGUUUUAGCGGAGAGACAAGCUGCGGAGGAGUUCUCAGUGACAUGGGCGAACCAAAAGGAGCUUGCUUUGCUACACGAGAAGCUUCCUUCGAUGUCGCGUUACCAUAUAAGCCGUGUAACGUCUCGGCUCUUCGUAGGGAUCGGAAGAGGAGAGUUGUUGCUUUCGAAAGACACUCGGCUUUUGCUGUUGACCACGUGGUUGCAACUGUUGUUUAGUGAUUACAAUUGGUUGCAGCAUGGUUGUAGAUCGUUCGAUGGGAAGCUUGUGGAGGAAGGGAUUGGGAGGACGAUACUGACGUUGCCGUUGGAGGAUCAGCAGAGUAUUUUGCUGUCGUGGCUUGGGAGUUUCUUGAACGGAGGAGAUGGUGGGUGUCCGAAUCUUCAGAGAGCUUUUGAGGUUUGGUGGAGAAGAUCGUUCAUUAGACCUUACUCUGAUCGUCAGGCAGAGGGUAAUGGCUUGAGCCAGACGGAUGAUUCGACUUCAAAAGAGUGA